UUGAUUGGAGCUUCUUAAGCUCCAAUGCCAUCGGUUUUCUUGUGUGAUCGAGGCGGCAAUCCCUUGGGGCGCGCGGCAUCGAUGCGGGUGGAGCGAUGGCGGCAUCGCGCUCUAAUCUUCUCACGAGCGGAAUUCCAUGCGUCGGCGAUCCAGACAAGAUGAUGAGAUCCUUCUCGCUGUACAAGCGGCCGUCGCGAGAGCUUCCUUCGAUGGAUGGAAUCGUUGCAACGAAUGCAGAUCAAGAGCAGGCAAACCAGCCAGUUCCAUGGCAUUUGUCGCUGCCACACAUCUGCGUUGCGCUCAUCAUCUCGGCCUUGUUUGGCUAUCACAUUGGGGUCGUGAACAUCCCUCUACCUUACAUUUCCAGAGAUCUUGGCUUUGGUGAAAACUCUCUCGCUCAAGGCUUUGUUGUGAGUGUAUGCUUGAUAGGCGCUUUUGCUGGAUGUGCAAUCAGCGGCACUGUGGCGGAUCGUCUCGGGCGCCGGAGAGCUUUUCAACUGUGCGCUAUUCCCAUGGUGCUCGGUCCAAUUCUCAGUGCAAAGGCAUGGAAUCUCGCGUCUAUGCUUGUUGGUCGGCUGCUCGUUGGAUGCGGUCUAGGCAUUGGUGCUCCAGUUCUCGCGCUCUAUGUCUCGGAGGUUUCGCCAACUCAAGUCCGAGGGUCUUUUGGAAGCUUUCCUCAGACUGCUACAUGUAUUGGUCUCCUUGCAGCUCUUAUAGUUGGUCUUCCCAUAAGCUCCACCCCGGACUGGUGGAGAGCGUGCUUCUGGAUCUCUACGCUUCCCGCUGCCUUACUGCUACUAGGAAUGGAGUUCUGUGCCGAAAGUCCGAGGUGGCUGUUUAAGAAUUCUCGCUGGUAUGAAGCAGAGCACGAACUUGAACGGCUGUGGGGAGCAGCUCACGCUAAGGCAGCAAUGUCGGAGCUUGUCCAGAGCGAACAAUCAGAUGAUUUAGAGAUGAUUGCUCCGUGGAAAGAGUUGCUGGAUAGGCGUUACGUGAGAGCUGUUUUGCUGGGAGGAGGAUUGUUUGCUUUGCAGCAGUUCUCUGGUAUCAACGCCAUUUUCUACUUUUCUUCGACCGUGCUGAAGAGUGCUGGAGUCUCUUCGGAUCUGGCUGCCACGGUCUCCGUUGGAGCAGUCAAUCUAGUUGGGUCCUUUGUAGCAGCAGGUUUGAUGGACAGGCUAGGACGCCGCAAACUCAUGAUGUGGAGCUUCACUGGAAUGGCUGUCUCGAUGGCAAUGCAAGCAGCAGUAGCAGCUUUUGGUUUCUUAAAACCAAUUCGUGCUACGACGACUUUGAUAGGAACUCUCUUCUAUGUUUUCUCCUUCGCUUCUGGAGCGGGUCCAGUUCCAGCGCUGCUACUACCGGAGAUCAUUCCCAUUCGCAUAAGAGGCAAAGCAAUGGCUUUCGCGAUGUGCGUUCACUGGGUAGCGCAUUUUUUCGUGGGAUUGCUCUUUCUCCCGCUGAUCAACGCUACUGGAGCAUCGGUUCUCUACACGUUCUUCUCAGUGGUUUGCUUCUUCGCGGCGAUUUUCGUGAAGAGAAACGUCGUGGAGACGAAAGGACGCUCGCUAGAGGACCUCGAGAUGCUGCUCGUUGCCGGGCACUAAGACGUGAUUAGAUUAGUGAUAAACAAUCCUGUUUAGAUGCUAAGCAUGGCACCGAACGCUUGCUACUAUUUCAAGGAAGCUCCACGAGGCAGUUUUUUGAAAGA